UCGAUUCAACGGGUCUGAAGCCUUUGGCUCUCUUUAUAAAUAAGCUUCCGUUUAGACCAUAGGUUGCGCUUAACCACACCCCGCUGUCGAAGCCCAGAGCCCGCGGGAUAUUUUUAGCUCUGAUGAUGUCCGCUGUCAUCUAACGGAAAGAUCAUUCCGGAAUCACAGAGCCAAUCUGCACGGUGUCUGCGCGUGAGUCGCUUUAUCUAACAUGAGGACUCAACGCGCUUUUAUUAUAUGGACUGCGAUGGUUCUUCAUUUGUCUAUAAUAAAAGGUCAGACCACAGACUCAUCCCCAGACGUGAGGUCCACUCUGAAUGAAGUCACUCCGAAAAAUCGCAUGACUUCAGCAAGUGACAUUUUGGAAUCACAAGCCACUACAGCCUAUCAACGCGUCUCCUCUCCUUCAGCCGAUUUCACAACGGAGGUCACACCUACUGUUCCUCCUCCAUCAAAGUCAUCCAAAGACGCUGUAGAGCACAAUGACAGCUCUCCUUCACCAGUCAUCUCACAGACCCCUGCACUACAAGAAGACACCACCCUCAACACGGACACAGCUUCGGGACCAGGUUCUUCUACUGGCAGUACGUCAGUUUCUUAUUUGAAGAGCACCAUUUUAUAUUCAGUAGCCUCCACAGCUCCUGCAACAUCCAUCAGUCCAAGUGAAGGACCUCAGACAGUCUCUACUCCAGCCAGCAGCGUGAUCCAGACAACACAAACAGCUCCACCAUUCACUCCCACUUACCCUCAGACAUCUCAGGUCAUCCUGACCAGCAGUUCAAAGGUCACUGGACCUGCUCCUUUGGAAGACCAGGAUGAACCUUCUGAACUGGAUGUGGGGGAUCAAGAGUCAGGGAAGGUUCCCCACCGCCCUGCAUCACCUCUGGACCCCCUGCUUGCUGCUCUGGUCACCAUUUUCAUUAUUUGCACUGCCAUGGUUUCAGCCGUCCUCUUCCUCAAGUUCCGUCAACGUAGUGAGCAUCCAGAAUUCCACCGGCUUCAAGACCUUCCUAUGGAUGAUCUCCUUGAAGACACGCCAUUGUCAAGAUACACCUAUUAGCAAGAGGGAAUUCCACUAUUUCAUCAUCUGAUUCCUCAGGCAACCAGUGUUGUUAUUGGUGCAGAUCCCCUAAAAGAUGUCUUUCACAACUGAUCUCUGAUUCUGGGGUUUUUUGGGCUUUGAUGCUAGAAUAUGGUUGUGUAAUAUUGGAAUAAGAAUUUUAGUUGGUUUACUAUAUUACGAAACCCAUUAAAAUAAAAUAAGGGUUCCAGAAAAUAGAAUAAAAUAAGAUAAACAGUCUUAUUCUAUGUUAAAAACAUCACAGUUUCUUAAUUACCCGGAUGUUUAUAGAGAAUGUUCGAAUUUCAAGAAAACAGAACCAACAUACUUUUUAUUCACCUUAAGAUUCUCUACAAAUGUAGAGAAACAAUAACAAAAAGUUUCUCUAAAACAU